CAGCCCUAUCGGGAGCUGCAGAGCGUCGUUCGACAAAAGGAAGCCGUUGAGGCCGAGCUUGCCGAUGUGAAGAGGCGUAUGGCCGCAAUUGUGGGCAUGAUCCAGCCCAUUCUGGGUGCUCCCGAGGGCGCUCCACCAGCCUGCCGGCCUCAUGGCCAGAGCUACGGACCUACAAAACCAUAUACAGCACCGUCGGGCCAUAACCCCGAGACGACCUCGGCAAGUACCACCUCCCCGACGUCUGUGGGGACACACGGCCGAUGGCAGAACAGUCUAUCCCCCGUCGCGCCCACAGUGAGCAUCGACGGGCAGCAGCAUCCUGCGGAAAUGGGACCGUUUGAUCAACAGCGCCACCGUCUAGUUCACGGCCUAGAUCUAGGCUCGGACCGGCUGGGCCUCGACUUCUUAGUCGACCCCAAUUUCAAGGUCGCCAGGAUCAAGGAGGGCCCCGACGGAGCCCAGGACUCACCACACUACCGCCACAUACCCAUGAAGCACGACUGGAACGGCACCAUUUCCAUGAUACCGGGUAUGCAGGGACAACCGCCAACCCAUACACAAUCCCAAUCCCCCAUCUACACCCAAUCUCCCGCCACCAGCAGCGGACUUCAACCCACGAGCGCCCCUUUCUCCCCAGCCCCCACCUCGGGACCAUCCGCAACGGGAUCACCCCCCAGGUACAACAUCGUCCCACGCAAUUGUGCGCCGACCUGCCCCCUCGACGCCCUUCUCCUAGACUUCCUCUCGGAGCGCCGCCAGCGCGCCGCCGAAGGCCUCUCGCAGUCCGAAAUUCUCGGCCCUCGUUACCCCUCGGUCUCGUCCCUGCUCAACCCCGCCGUCUCGGCCUACUCGCACCCGCUCUCCAAAGUCUUCACCGACAUCCUGGCGCGCUUUCCCGACCUGGCCACCCUCCCCGAGCGCGUCGCUGUGCUGUACGUCAUGUUCCUCCUCAUGCGUUGGCAGGUCUCGCCGACCGAGGAAAACUAUCUCCGGCUGCCCCCCUGGUUCCGCCCCGGGCCCGGGCAGACCGCCAAGGACCACCCGGCCUGGUAUGACCACCUCCCCUUCCCGGAAAUGCGGGAGCGUUUGGUGUGCAUCUACCAGGACGGCCCGUUCCCGUUUGACCACUUCUUCAUCCCCUUCACCUCGACCCUGAGCCUGAACUGGCCGUAUGAGGACACCCUCGUGCUGCUGGCCAGCCCCACCAGCGAGGAGCUGAUGAUCAACCCGGUGUUUGAGCAGCAUAUUUGCAUGCUGGAGAAUUGGACGCUCGGUCCGGCUUUUGAGAGGGCUUUUCCGGCCUUAGUGGGGUCCUUCAAUUUGAAGGUUUGA